AUGGCGUCAACUGCCAAUCCAGCAUACCCGACUUCGUCGGCGCGCGUUCCGCCUGAUGCGGUCAAAGGAAGCCGAGAUGGUAAUUACUCGUCUUUUCCGGUCGUCAAGAUUGACGAACUUCUCGGCGUUCUCUUCGAGAUGGGACUGUCGAUUUCUCCUGAAGACCUUCAAAAGCCGCAAGGACACGUCGCACACAGAGUCUUUGUCGCCUUCUUGGAGUGUCUCUCUGGAACAACAACAGAGAUGAUGGAUGGCAGGCGCCACGAAGCACUCGCAACUGCCGAGUACAGAGAGCUGUACGAGGAUGGCUUGCAAAUGCUCAUGUUUUUUCGCGAGGUCAAGGACAUGAUGAAUGCUGCGACGCUUUACGACUUCACGCUUCAGGAUCUCACACGUCCCAACCCGAAGCGUUUCCGACGUCAGAUGUCGGCGCUAGUUAACUUCUACCGUUUUCGCUCGGAUCGAAUCGUAGAGUUUGAAGAGCUCGUCACCGGCUCCGAGGAUCUCGAAAACAAACGCAACGAGAUCGAAGACGAUAUUGACCGUCAACGAAGCGAAUUGGCGCGAUUCAAAGCCGAGCGAGAGCUCGACGAGCCCAAGGUGAAGGAACUACAGCGCAUCAAUUCCGAGAUCACCGAUAACCUCUUGGCAGCACGGAACCAGCAGAAGGAGACCAUGGAAGAGCUCGAGGAACUCAAGAAACGCAAAGAUACGCUUGCCGUCAAGCACGCUGAACUGGCGCAGGACAAGUUCCAGAUCUACGAAAAGAUCACCUACCUCGAGGCACGUGUAGUUUCGAGUCCAAGCAAGAUGAAGAACAGCGUGCGUGAGCUCGGAGAGCAGCUCGAAAAGGACACUGUCUCGCUGCAAGAGACGCUGAAGAAAGUGGAAGAGUUCAAGCGGAACUUGGAAACGCUCGAGACGCUCAGCAACGAUCUCGAGAGUUGCAUGAACGCGAUGCACGAGGUCAACUUGGAAAUCGUCAAGGGCAAGGAAGAGGUUCAGAACCAAGCCGACCUGCAAACCUUAUCGCAGGGCAUCAACAACCAAUUGGCGUCGCUGAAACAUUCACUCGAGAUGGCCCAGUACGAAAUGAAGAGGCUCGAGGACAAGCAAAACCGCAACCGCAAGACGCUGAUGGACAUCACCGAGAAGCACACCAAGAAGAUGGAGAAUUUGCAGGCUGAUUUUGAGCACGCCAAGCAGGAGAGAAACAGGAAGAACCACCUGGCAGAGGUCAAGAAUGCCGAGUCGGAAAAGAUCGAGGCCAAGAUGGCCGAGUUGGAAGAGGCGUACGAGGGAUACCAGAAAAAGAUGAUUCGGCAAAAGGAUGCGAUCGAGACGGCAGUGAGGUUGUACAUCAGCACGCUGACCAACUCUCUCCAGCUCGAACGCUUCCAGCCAUAA